AUGAGGAACAGGGCCAGCACCUCAUUGUCUAAGGGGAAAAUCCGUCAAUCAUGGAGCAAAUAUAACCUGUAUAACCUGCAACGAUUCCGCACCCCAGCUACCGCGAACCGAACCUUUUUCCAACAAAAAUGGACUGCCAAGGCGACUUCGCGUGCCUAUCACGGAGAGCAGGUCCGCGAAGGCCAGUGGAAGCGCAUGUUCUCGAAGCGCAUCCGCAGCGUCAUCCCCAUGAACACGACCGAUCUGGCCGCUGAUGACGGUUCGAAGGAGUCUGCUGGUCGUGGCUCUGGUUUGAGCGAGAGUGGUGGCAGGAACCGGUCCCGUCCUAUUCCUUAUACACAGAUGGCUUUCGCUCCCCUGGAGCGUCGGUUGGAUGUUGCUAUUUUCCGGUCUUUGUUUGCUAGCAGCACACGGCAAGCGAGGCAAUUCGUUAUCCACGGUGCAGUUACCGUCAAUGGACAGAAGAUGAGACAUCCUAGCUACCUGCUUAACCCCGGCGACCUCUUCCAAGUCGACCCGGACCGUGUGAUGUACGCUACCGGUGCCCCGAAGACAGCCUUCGAGCGCCGUGAGACCCGUCAGCUCAAGCAGAAGAGCGAUGAUGCUGAGGGUGAGGAGGCCGAGGCCAAGCCCGAGGCCACUGAGAAGGAUGUGAAGGAGAACGCCCGGGACUCUCUGCGAGCAUUGAUGUCACAAGCCAAGACCAUCAUGUCAACGGACAAGGACGUUCUUCCCGCCAAGCGGAAGCAGGAGCUGCGCGGUUUCCAGAAGGCCGUUCGCCGCGUGCUGUCCCGCUCCGACACCAGCACUGUCCUGACCGACAGCCUGGAGGCCCAGUUCUCCGAGCUGACCCUGCUUCUCAAGGCCAAGCGAACUGAGAAGAAGCCCGCCAAGGAGUCCAAGAAGGAAGCCAAGGAGGAGACUACCGCCACUGCCACGAAGUCAGAGGAAACCGCCAGCGGCGCUCUUUCUGAAGCCUUCCAGGCCGCCGCCGAGGGUGGUGCAGUCGACACUUCCGAGCUUACCGAUGAGGAAUUCGACAUCCUCAAGCGCGCUCUGACCCAGAUGCGCGAUAACCCCAUCGACCACUCCAAGCCCUACGCCACCCCCUGGCGCCCACGCGACUACAUGUCCGCCUUCGCCUUCAUCCCGCGCUACCUCGAAGUGAACCAGAACAUCUGCGCUGCCGUGUACCUGCGACACCCCGUUGCACGCCCCGGCUCCGCCGAGGUGCCCACUCCCUUCGGCGAGUCGAUCAGCACCCCAGCCUACGGCUGGUACCUGAAGAGACGGUGGUAA